UUUAUGCCCUAGUGGCUAUUAACUUAUUAAGUAGUAUAUCUCUUUGUUAACAACAUAAUAUAUUAUUAAGUUUAUUUAAUAUUUAGAAGUUGGUUAAACAAAGAUUUAUUAAAAAAUGACUAACAAGCUAAGUGCAAAGUUCUUUGAAAUAUUUCGGAAUUUGAAAUCAGAUGCUGUCCCUCGACCCCCAAGGCCUAAUUCAUAUCAAGAGAAUCCCGAAGAUGUACAAAAUGAAAAUGUAGAUAACACAAAUAACAUCGAAACUGAAGAUAUUUUUAAUGAGAAUGAUUCGAAAAAAACAAAGAAAAAGCCAAAAUAUAAAAAGUCUUUCUCUACUCCCGAACCAGAUCCGACGCCUGCAGAAGAUGAGGAUGAUAGACGAAGCAGUAAUGCAAGCAGUGUGGUUAAUACCCAGGCCACGGGCAAUGUGAUCAACAUUGUUAAUGCAAGUAAUAUUCGUUGGGGAAAUGAGUUUGUUUAUUAUUUGGGGCCUGUAAAUGGUCAACAAGCUUCACCUAAAGCACAAACAAAUGAAGAAAAGAUAGAGAAAUCUGAACUCAUACAACAACUGAUGCAAGCUGAUAUUCAGCCUGAGCAUGAAUAUAUUGAUUAUAUAUCCAAGAACUUGGGUAAAAAUUGGUACAGAAUAUUUAAAAAUCUGGGCUACUCAAAAGGACAAAUUGAAACAGCUGAAAUUGAUAAUGCACAAAGCGGUAUUGCUGAGGCUCGUUACAAAUUACUCCUUGACUGGGUAAGAAAUGAUGAUCUUGGAACUCUUGGAAAACUAGCUACUAUUUUAUGGGAAGAAGAUGAAAAGCAUGUUGUUAAAGAGUUAGCUGUUAUUUAUAAAAGAAACCAGGAAUUAUAAUUUUUAAAUAAUGAUCUUUAUAUGAUGAGUAUAUGUUCUAUAUGAAAAGUUUUGUGCCAAUUCUUUUAUAUUUUUAACUUGUAUAUUUGAACAAUUCUUGAUAAUAUGGUGCUACCAUACUGUUACAUUCCAAAUGUUAUGGAAAUCAUAUCAGCAAUUAAAUAAAUGUUCCAGGUUGUAUGAUAGAUGGCAUUUUGCCUGUAAUAUAAAUUAUUUAAUAACAGUUAAAGGAACUGUUUGUUCCUUUAACUUUUUAAAUAACUUUAUUUCAUCAUAUGAAAAAUAACCAUACCAUUUGAUGUUUUGCAUAACAACUACAAUAAUUGUUUGUUGUCAACUAGAAAUAAUAUUAAUAAGAAAUAACAAAUUACUAUUAUAUAGAAGGAUAUAUUUUUAUGAGGUUUAUAUAAGAUACAGGACCUUUGAUUUUGUUGUUUAUGUAUAUUGUAAAUUUAAUGGUAAUGAUAUUAAAGAUUUCAGAGUGUUUAACACUAUUUAAAAAACAACAAAAUAAUGAUGUUAACAAUCUAGGCUAAUUUUAUACAUACAUAUCACAGUAAUAACAAAAUACAUAAAUAAAAUUUAAUUAUUUGAAAAGGAAUUUUGUGCAAUAACUAAAAAAUGAUUGAAUGUUAUAUAAUUAGUUUUAAGAUUAAGUUAAGAAUCAACCUUUUUAUUAGAUUGGUUAUUUUAAGUUUUUAUAUUCAGGGUAAGGAAUAAUUAAGUAAAUAAUAUACAUAAAUUUUUAUUAAACCAAUUCGGUUUAUGAUAUGUCUUAUGGAACGCAACGUAAAGACAUACAUAUAUAUAAAUAUAUAUAAAAGCACAAGUAUAUACAGGUGUUAUCUUGUUGAUAUUGUGUCUAGUUUUUCUUGUUUUCAGUUUCACAAAAAUAUACUGUCUAUGACUAUGUCAAAAAUUUAUCUAGUCAUGUAAGAUUUUUACUGUUUUGUAUCAAGAAAUCUAUUGAAACAAUAUACAUAUUUUAUAUAAA